AUGUAUGACAGUAAUGGUGAAACUAUUGUAAAGCUCAUUGACAAUGACAGUGUUAUAUGUAAGAUGGUUGGCUGCAUAACAAGUAACAAAGUGUUGGUGUUAUACUAUACUGACAACAAAACAAGUGAAAAGACAUGGACUCAAACAUCUGUGGAAUGGCCUAGUUUGCAGAGUGAAGAAUACAACUAUGGGAGAUUUAAUGAAGACCACAUGAAGGAGGAUAAUGAGGCUUUAGAUACUGAUGCGCAUGUUGUUUCGCUUGGAGAUUGUGAAGCUAUAGUUGAUGAAGAAGAAAAAGAGUCAGAGUAUGUGGAUAGUGAUUAUGAGUUUAGUGAAGAUGAGGAGGCAAACAAAGGUUGUAAUGUAGACAUCAAUAUGCCUUGUGAUGAAGAAGUGAAUGUUGAGACUGAAACACAAACACAAGGGCUAGGAGAGAUUUCUGAUGAUGGGGCAGAUUCUAAUACUUUAAAUUUUGAUGGGAACACCUCAGAUGAUAAGAAUACCAGUCGACAUUGCACAAAAAAGCAGAGGAUUCGCCUACCAAAGUUCAAGCAAUAUAGGAGAGCUACUGACUUUAAAAAUCCAGAGUUUCAUUUGGGGAUGCAAUUUGCAAAUCGGGAGCACUUGAAAGAAGCAAUAAAGGAGUAUGCCAUUGUAAACGGCAAGCUGCUGAAAUUUCAAAAAAAUGACAAGAGGAGGGUGAAGGUCUUGUGUAGUGGAUCUGGAAACUGUGCAUUUGUUCUUUAUACAUCUAGGAUUGAUAAACAGGAAUCCACUUUUGUAGUAAAGGCUAUACAUGCUGAUCAUACAUGUGGCAGAGUAGACAGGUUGAGAUAUGCUAAUUCAACAUGGAUUUCAGAAAGAUUUUGUGAUAAGAUGAGAAGAAAUCCUAAUUGGACUGUGGGGCAACUUCAAGAUGAGGUGAGGGAACACUAUGCAAUGAAUGUUACACAGAACCAAGUGUAUAGGGCAAAAAAAUUGGCUAAGAAGAUUUAUAUUUGUUUAGCUGGUUCUAAAAAGGGUUUCUUAGAAGGGUGUAGGCUUGUCGUAGGUGUUGAUGGGUGCCACUUAAAAGGACCCUGCUCAGGGCAGAUCUUAACUGCAGUUGGUGUUGAUGGGAACAAUGUUUUACCAAAUACUGAACACAGAAUGUGCGUGAGACAUUUGUAUAACAACUUCAGAGGCCAGUACACAGGACUUGCUCUAAAACAUUUGCUAUGGGCUACUGCAAGGGCAACCACAUUGCCUUGGUGGGAAGCAGAGAUGGAUAAUCUGAAAAGGGAGGAUGCAGAUGCUUGGGGGUGGCUAAUUGAAAGGCAUGCAAAAAAUUGGUCAAGAUCUCAUUUUGCAACACACUAUAAGUGUGAUUUGUUGUUAAAUAACCUAUGUAAAAGCUUCAAUGCAGCCAUAAGGGAUAAGCCAAUCCUAACAUGCCUUGAGAGAAUAAGGAUGUAUAUUAUGAUUAGGAUGGCUAAUAGAAGGGCUUCUUGUCAACAUUGGAGGUGUACUGUUGGUCCUAGAAUCUUCAACAUAAUAGAGAAAAAUAAGUUGGCAUCAAGUCAAUGCAUACCAAGGUUGGCUGGGGAGAAGAAAUAUCAAGUAAGUCAGUUGUAUGAGGGAGAAUUUGCUGUCGAUCUAAGAGCAAAGACUUGCUCUUGUAUAAGAUGGGACUUAUGUAGGAUUCCUUGCCCACAUGCAAUUUUUGCUAUUUUCUAUAGAAAUGAAGACAUAGAGGAUUAUGUGGAUAAAUUGUACAAGAAAGAUGCUUACUUAAAAACAUAUGGUCCUAUCAUUGGACCUGUUCAUUCCAUUGACCAAUGGCCACGGAGUGGUUUAGCAGCUAUUAAGCCUCCCAACUUCAGAAUCCAACCUUGA